GCGAAAGGAUCCCAAAUCUUUGUCGAGCGAGUAAACGAGAAUAAACAAAACAGAAGAGGGGAGGGGGGGAAGGGAGGCAUAUCAACUUUCGAACAGCAACAUGGCCCAUGGUGGCUAUGGCAAACGAAGAGUGGCUGAGCGCAAACCCCCUGUAGGUCGCCGUUCCAAAGGAUUAGGCGUAGACAAGAAGCCUAAACAAAAGCCCAAAUCCGUCUCUAUCAAGAACCAAAUCCGCUCUAUAGAUCGCAUGCUCCGCAAGGAACUUCCACUUCAAGUAAGAGAAGCUCAAGAAAAGAGGUUAGAGGAGUUGAAGAAGCAACAAGAAAUUCAUACUCGUUUGGCUCUUGAACGCAAGAUUUUCUUGCGAGAUCGGAAGAUUAAGUUUUUUGAGAGAAGAAAGAUAGAUAGAAGAAUACGACGUCUUGAGAAACUGCUGCGCGCUUCAUCUGGUCAGCUACCCCAAGAUGCUGAUGUUGCUGACCAGCUUUCUAAAUUGAAAGAAGAUCUUGAAUAUGUUAGGUUUUUCCCCAAGACCGAGAAAUAUGUAUCUUUAUUUACUGGAGGUGAUGAUUCAGACAUAGUGGAUAGGAGAAAUAGAUUGCGCGAGCAGAUUAAAGCCAACUUAGUUGCUGCUGCAGCCAGCGGCAAGGAUUUGGAAGAGACAGGGAGUGAGGAUGAUGGUCUUUUGGAUCUGAGUGAAGACGAUUUCUUUUUAGCUGAAACCUCGAGUGAUGAAGCUGAUGCAGAUGAUGAAUGGACAGAUAAAAGUACAAGGGAACAAGCUUCUAGUGCUUCUGGCAAAGCAGCAUCUGGAAUGUCAAGCGAUGAAAGGAAUCAGACAGCUGCCAGAGCUCUAAUGCCUCCUCCUCGGCCUUCAAAUAAUUUGCAAGCAAAUCCAGUGCAUGCUCAAUCAAGGUUUGGAGCUUCAUCAAGCAAAAAUUCAUGGAAACAGAGGGCUGGAAUUUCUACAUCUAGUAAUACAUCAAGUAGCAUAAGUGGAUCUGCCUUUAGGGCAGGGGGUUCUUCAAGUACAAGGACAGGCCACAGCAGUAAUCUAAGUUCAAAUUCCGAUGCUCAUAAACCCCGAAGGAAGAGGAGGCCAAAGAAGAAAAAGCAACAGGCCUGAAGUGGAUGAAACCAGCACGCAUGUAACUUCACUAUAAUCAAUUUAAUUAGCUUGUCAUCAUUUAUCUAUGAAAUUCUUUUGCAGAUCUGUUAUAACCGCCAAAUAUUUUUCAUAUCAACAAACAGUUGGGAAUCUGUUGUUUUUUCUUUUUGAAUGUUAACUUGGCCCAAUGUCUCUGGAAUGCUAGCGUUAUUUGAGAAUUCUUUCCGACAGAAA